CCAACUGGUUCUUGCCACAUCACACUAAAUUCCAAAAGUUCCACCUGGCACCAUGUCAUUCAUCAUUAAAGAAGAGAACACCAUAACAACUAUGGAACUCAUUACACUCCAGUUAUUAUUCAAAGACUCGACAGACACAGCACACUUUCUUUUCCAAAGUAUUUUUCACAGUUCCUUCCUUUUUUGUGUUUGCUCUUCAUUCAAUCAAUACUUUUUUCCUCUCUCAAUAAAGCUCAGAUCUUUUUCAUGAAACCCAUAAUGAAAAAUUCAAACUCAGAACACAAUUCAAAUUCCAGUCAUCGGAAUCUCCAAAAACACAACAGUCACAUAUCAAUGUCGGACACCGAGUCACAAGUGAGUCAAAUUGACUCGUUCCACUCACCUCUCCGGUCCAACUCGCCAUUACGUUCAGACGACCCUUUCACUGAACCCCACCCCCCUAAAUCCCCCUCUAAGGCAAUUGUUAAGUACUUCUCCCCGCUCAGAUCACCGCAUAAACCCUCGUCGGAAAAUUUGAGCUUGCCGCCGACGCCGCCGUCAGAACGAAGAUCGCCGGUUGUGUAUUUUAGUAGGGCGAUUAGGGAAGAUGCGGCGCCUGGGGUGACGAAGGUGGGACCGGUCCGGGGUGCUGAUGUGGAAGCUGGCGAGGUUGGCGGCGAGCGGCGGUCGAGGGCCGCUGUGGCGUCGAUUACUGGACGGUCGCAAAGGGAUGUUUUGCUGAACCGGGCGGCUUUAGGGUUUAGGGUUUGUGAGGUUAUUUUUUGCUUGAUUUCGUUCUCGGUUAUGGCAGCUGAUAAAACUCAAGGCUGGACUGGUGAUUCGUUUGAUCGUUACAAAGAGUACAGGUAUUGCGUAGCCGUUAAUGUUAUUGGAUUUGCAUAUUCUGGAUUUCAAGCAUUUGAUCUAGCAUACAGUUUGGCCACUGGGAAACACUUUCUCUCUGACCAUAUGCGAUAUCAUUUUGAUUUCUUAAUGGAUCAGAUAUUGGCAUAUCUUCUUAUGUCAGCAUCCUCUUCUGCUGCAACGAGGGUAGACGACUGGAUAUCAAAUUGGGGAAAAGAUGAGUUCACGGAAAUGGCAAGCGCAUCAAUCGCGCUGUCCUUCUUGGCUUUCAUUGCUUUUGCCUUUAGCUCUCUUAUAUCUGGUUAUAGCCUCUGCAACCGUAGUUCCUCAUGAUCCUGAAAUCAGUUACCACUAUUUAUUCAUUGCGUAAUUUUGAGAAAUUGAGCAUUAAUUUUAAUUUCUGGUGGAUCAGAAGAUGUACAGAAGUAGUUAAUAGAUUUAGCAGUACAAAUUUUUUUUUCCAGUCCUAUAAUGCAGAGAAAUAAAGUACCCAAAUGUGGUUAGCGAAAUGCAUUGUUGAGUAUAUAAGAAUAAUAAUGUCCAAUAUCCAUAUUUUUUGGAUAUGGUAUAUACUACAUCUGAUCUGUAUUGUAUCUCC